AUUUUAUUUGCAGUAAGCUCCAUGCGUUUUAGUUUUAGAGUUCAUGAUUUUAAAAAUUUCCAUUUGAGUUAUCCCAGUCAGGUAAAACUUGCAUUGUAGGCGUCAAUCUAUCCUUAACCUCAAACAGGUCACUGUGGAUGUGGUGUAUUUAAGAGCUAAAUACUAUGCUUUGCACCACCAUCACCAAAGCACCAAUUUAGGGAAUGUUAUUUUGGAAUAAUGGAAGUCCUUCCCUUCAAAAGAGUUUUGAGACUUGAAGAAUCAAUGCCAGGGUGUUGUAUGUGGAUAGUUAAUAUUGGUUCAUAUUCCUGCAUUUCUGGAGCUGGUCUCACACAGAACAAGUGUGUCUUUUUUCCUCGAUAAGCUGACAGGAAGUCUGCUUUUCACUGACAAGGCUACUUCCUUUUGUCAGCAGAAGGCAUGUUGUAAUAAUGAUAGUUUAGUGAAUAGGGAAUGAGAAGAUUGUGUCUUGUCACAUCCUUAACAUUCAGGAGGGUGUUUGAGCUGAACACACAAAGCAUACAUGAAUUACAAGUUGUUGUAGGAUGGAUGCUGACAACAUGAGUGAUCUCCAUGAGGAGGGAAAGAAUGCCAUCAAUGCCCCCCUGCUUCCCUCAGGCACAGACAUCCAUCCAGAAGAUACACUGCUGGAGGAAAAUGCUGAGAGGAUUAUGUUGGACCCAACAUCAAGGGAAAAUCCUAAAUUUAAAGAUCUCUUAAAGGUCCUGAUCGACUGGAUCAACAGUGAGUUGGAGGAAGAGAGGAUCAUAGUCAAGGACCUAGAGGAGGACUGUUAUGAUGGACAAGUACUCCAGAAGUUAUUUGAAAAGUUGUCAGGCAGAAAGCUGAACGUGGCGGAGGUGACGCAGUCAGAAAUUGGCCAGAAACAGAAGCUUCAGACGGUGUUAGAAGCUGUCAACGAUGUGCUGAGGCCUCAUGGCUGGACCGUUGAGUGGAGUGUAGACUCUAUCCACUCAAAGAACCUGGUGGCUAUCAUCUAUCUUUUGGUGGCUCUCGCUAUGCACUUCCAGGUUCCAAUCAGGCUGCCCGAGCACGUCUCCGUACAGGUGGUGGUGGUCAAGAAACGAGAAGGCAUCCUACAGACAGCGCUAAUGACCAAGGAGCUGACGAGCACCACAGAAAUGAUGAUGGGAAGAUUUGAGAGAGAUGCAUUUGACACUUUGUUGGAUCACGCGCCUGACAAGCUUAACGUGGUAAAAACGUCUCUCAUCACCUUUGUGAACAAACACCUAAACAAGCUGAAUCUGGAAGUUACUGAGCUGGAAUCUCAGUUUGCUGAUGGAGUUUACCUGAUUUUACUGAUGGGGCUGCUGGAAGACUAUUUUGUCCCACUGUAUAACUUCUUCCUCACGCCUGAGAGUUUUGAGCAGAAGGUCCACAAUGUGGCAUUUGCCUUUGAACUGAUGCAGGAAGGAGGGCUAAAGAAACCCAAAGCCAGACCAGAAGAUGUCGUCAACCUGAACCUGAAGUCCACCCUCAGAGUCCUUUACAAUCUAUUCACCAACUACAAAACCUCUGCAUGAGCUUUUCCAGUUUUUAACGCCUGGCAUUACUCCGAACACUGCCCUGUGCCUGCACUGAUAUUAUACAUUACAGUCUGGACACUGUAGGAGACCAACUGGGACUGAAAGUCAUCAUUAUGUGGGACUUAAAAAGCCCCAGGGGGUCUAGCCAGAAAAAGGCUCUGAACGCUAGUAUUUAAUCUUCCCCAAAUGUCAGUAUUUAUUUAUUCCCUCCUCGAAUGUUAACUGCAACCCAGGAAGCUCUGCAACCUUUAGCCCUGCAUUUGAAUACGUAGCAAUCACGGGAAAAUGUUAAAACUGAAAAACGUUUGUGUCUCAUACUGAACUCAUUACGCUCCAUCGCAGAUUAUUAUAAAAAGUUAUAAAAUGCUGUAAUAAAUUAUCAAGUGUCUCAAAAUGCUUUUCAUAAAUAUGAAUGUAAUCACUAGCUGUUUUCUUUGAAAAGAAUUUGAUGACUAUAUAUGUCCGUAAGAGCCAGAAGAAUGACAGAUUUUCUGUUUAACCCUCACAAAAAAAACUGUUUUAUGUGGGAAGUUUGGUCUGUGAGGUUUAGGAGAAAGGUUUCAAGUUGACAACAAAUUGCCAUUUAAGGCUAAAUAUAGAACACCCCUAUAAUAAAAUUCACCGAAACAGAGAAAAUUACCUAAAAAUGAAGAAAAUACAUCCAUGGUGCCUUUGAAUAACCUUUAUAUAAUCCAUUAUCUGUUCUUAUGUAAAGUACAAAUAAAAAUUUGUCAUUAAACAGUA